GAUAUUCUUAGGAUAUCGCAUCAUCGGAAGCGCGACUCGCGUCGCGAUCAUCGCGGUGUUGAUUCAACGUCGCGGCAUCGAGGCGACUCAGGGAGGAAAGAAGGAAGAAGGAAGGACGAAGGAGAGAGGAAAGGAGCGCAAGAAUCUCGCUGUCGGCGCGACUCGCCAGCCUAAAUGAGAUUCGAACAAGACUCGGCGUGCAGCAGGGCUACCCACUGCGCCAGCAUUCCGCUCCUACUGCGGCCCAGGUUGAUCUCGGGUGAGAAGGCUGAUUCCGGAAGUGAGAAUAUCGGGCCGCGAGAAGACGGCAAAGAGUUGGAGACGAACGUGGCCGUGGCUGCCAGGACGGGUGUCAGGGGGGCGGUGGGGGGGCCUGGGAUGGCGUACCCCGCACCGGCCGCGGCUCUCAAUCAACACGCGCCAUUCCUCACGAUUUCCGGAUCCGCGACGAGCUCGAGUCACUUGGGAAGCCAUCUGCCGGCUCCUGCGACCACCAGGCCAACGGAUUUCAGCGUCUCGUCGUUGCUCACCGCCGCCUCCAGCCACCCGACCCACCCCCAGGGGGGGUCCUCGUCUCAGGGAAGCGCGUCGCCGCCACCCGGCGGACCCGGAAGUCCCACUGCCGCCCCGGAAACUCCGCCGCCACUUCCGAGUCAUCGGGAAACUUCUCACCCCUCCUCAGCGGUCGCGAACUACUUUAGCGCCGCGGCACUAUACGCCGCUGGAUUUUACAAUCCGGUCGCUCACCUGCCCCCCACCAGCCCACCUAGACCCAACGGCGGACAUCAUCUUCAGGGAAAGAUCAUCUUCUCCGGCCCUCAUCAUCAACCCCAUCUCAAUCCCCACGGACUUCCUCCGUCCGCUUCUUGGCUGCUUUCUGAUCAGGAUUGGAGGUCGCCCGCUGCAGCUUUAACUCAAAAUUGGAAGAGGCUGGGUUUUGGGCCCCACAACCCCGAAGAGGCCCAAGCAGCGGUGUUGGUCGCGGCUUUGCAGCAAAACCAGGGCGGGCCCGGUGGUGGGAUGAGGCCCUUGAGGUAUCCUCUGCCCCCGCACAUGCUGCCUCCGUCUUUGUCGCUGACGCCACACCUCGCGGGUCCCGUCCUCGCUCUCGGACCGUCCCAUCACCUCGAGGAAGACGGUGUCGUUGACGACCCUAAGGUCACCUUGGAGGGUAAGGAGCUUUGGGACAAGUUUCACGAACUCGGCACGGAGAUGGUCAUCACGAAAAGCGGCCGGCAGAUGUUCCCGCAAAUGAAGUUCCGGGUGUCCGGCCUCGACGCCAAGGCGAAGUACAUGCUCUUGCUGGACAUCGUUGCUGCCGACGAAUUCAGAUACAAAUUCCACAACAGCAGAUGGAUGGUCGCUGGUAAAGCGGAUCCCGAGAUGCCGAAGCACAUGUACCUUCAUCCGGACUCGCCGAGCAACGGUGAACAGUGGAUGCAGAAGGUGGUGAGCUUUCACAAACUCAAACUGACGAACAACAUCAGCGACAAGCACGGUUUUGUAAGUACUACCAUACUGAACUCGAUGCACAAGUAUCAGCCAAGGUUUCACCUCGUCAGAACGAACGACCGCCAGAAACUGCACUACACGACGUUCAGAAGUUACGUGUUCAACGAAACCGAGUUCAUCGCCGUAACUGCAUACCAAAACGAAAAGAUCACGCAGUUGAAAAUCGACAACAACCCGUUUGCAAAAGGUUUCAGGGAUACGGGGGCCGGAAAGAGAGAGAAAAAAAGACAGGCGCUGUUGACCGUGUCAGGCGGUGGUUCCCGACUCUCAGGCGGCGACCCGGCACCGAAGAAGCGUCGCUUUUCUACGUCAGCGACGGACCUGGACGACGACGACAAACUGCUCGACGUAGUGGGCCCAGACACGCCGCACCCCGCGCACCAUCACCGAGAACGGGAGCAUUCACGGGAGCGGAACGACCGGGCGAGCGAUCGAGGCGAGGCGAGCGACUCCUCUGGCUCGGAGAACGGCGGAACGGCGACGGCGAGUUCGGAGGGCCCAAGGCCCGAGAUCUCGGUGGGCCUACCGCCCCACACCUCACUCCUCCCCUGCCUCUACCCAUCGGUCCCAGGGCUCUACCCGGGCCCCGGGCCGCUGCUGCCCCCGAGUCCGUUGGGCCUGCACCCCGGCGUCACGCCGGGGAUGCUCAUCAACGCGCAACUCGCCCUGGCGGCCUCCCAGCAUCCGGCGCUCUUCGCGCAAUACCCCCACCCCCUCGCAAGUCCGCUCCACCAGCUUAAGGGGCACCGUUUCUCCCCCUACGGCCUCCCGACGCCUUCGCAUGGCUCGGCCUUCGAGAUGGUGACGCCUGGGAGUCGGACCCUCAGUCCUCGUUCACCACCCCCGCGUCCUCCGACGGGAUCGCCGUCCUCCGGCGGCGCGCUGACCGGGACGCCAUCCUCGACGGGAGAGCUCAAGUCGAUAGAGAAUAUGGUGAACGGUUUGCAACGGAAACGGAGAACGACGAGCCCCGGACCCGUACCUGGAAGUCGAAUCGGUGAGGCGGAAACCGGGGGCGGUGCGAGUCCGUGACAGGAGACAGAGAUACGUGUUACCAGCACGCUACCGGAUCCGGAGGACGGGGAUCUGGACGAAUUUAGUCGGGAGGAGGACGAUGCCGACGGGGGUGGCGGACUCGAACCCGAUUCCACUUCACCGCCGUCGUAGCCGAACGCGGUUGGGCCUCUUCAGGGGCUUGGGUAACCGGUGGAGGACGUCGUCGAUGAGGGGGAGGUGGAGGAGGAGGAGGAGGAGGAGGGAGGGAAGUGGGAGGAAACCCUCCCCCGACGAUACAAAGUGCAAUUUAUAAUACGGAAUCGCGAAGAGUCCUGACGAUUAUAAUAUA